AUGCUGCACUCUCAUCUUCAUCCCAAUCUCCAAUUCCUCUCACCACACACCUCUCUCUCUUCCUCUAAACCCUACACCAUUCCCUUCCCCUUCCCCACUCCAAUCCGAAAGCCAUCUUCGUCUUCUACUCUCAGACUCCGCCAUCGCAACCGCAGAAUCACAAACUCCGCCACAAACCAUAAAGUAAACGAAACAGAGAACAAGAAUAAACCACCGCAACAAUCCGUCAAUCGAGCUUAUCCUUUCCAUGAAAUUGAACCUAAGUGGCAGCGGCUUUGGGACCAACACCGCACUUUCAGAACCCCUGACGAUGAUAUCGAUAUGUCAAAACCUAAAUAUUACAUUCUUGACAUGUUUCCUUACCCUAGUGGAGCUGGUUUACAUGUUGGACAUCCACUUGGAUACACUGCCACUGAUAUUCUAGCUAGGUUUAAACGAAUGCAAGGAUAUAAUGUGUUGCAUCCGAUGGGAUGGGAUGCUUUUGGAUUACCCGCUGAACAAUAUGCAAUUGAGACAGGAACUCACCCAAAGCUUACCACUGUGACGAAUAUUAAUCGCUUUACCUCUCAGUUGAAAUCAUUAGGAUUCUCAUAUGACUGGGAUCGUGAAAUAUCAACCAUAGAACCCGAAUAUUACAAAUGGACUCAAUGGAUCUUUCUACAACUUUUAAAGAGAGGAUUGGCAUAUCAGGCUGAAGUUCCUGUUAAUUGGUGUCCUGCACUUGGCACGGUGUUGGCCAAUGAGGAGGUUAUUGAUGGUGUGAGUGAGCGUGGUGGUCAUCCAGUAGUAAGAAAGCCAAUGAGGCAAUGGAUGCUCAAGAUUACUGCAUAUGCUGACCGUCUUCUGGAGGAUUUAGAUGACAUUGACUGGCCUGAAAGUGUAAAAGAAAUGCAGAGAAAUUGGAUAGGAAGGUCUGAAGGUGCUGAGUUAGAAUUUUGCAUUCUUGAUGGUGAUGGAAAAGAGAGAGACAUGCAGAUUAUUGUGUAUACUACAAGGCCUGAUACGAUCUUUGGGACAACUUACUUGGUUGUGGCACCAGAGCAUCCCUUGCUGUCGUCAUUGGUUUCCACUGACCAGAGCAAUCAUAUGGAGGAUUAUAUUGACCUUGCCUCAAGAAAGAGUGACCUAGAGAGGACAGAGCUUCAGAAGGAAAAGACUGGAGUCUUUACUGGUUGUUAUGCAAAAAAUCCGGCAAAUGGGGAAGCCAUUCCAAUAUGGGUGGCAGAUUAUGUUCUGGGGAGUUAUGGAACAGGAGCAAUCAUGGCUGUGCCGGCACAUGAUUCACGUGAUUAUGAAUUUGCUUUGAAAUAUGAUAUUCCUGUUCGCUGGGUUGUGAUGCCACAUGAUAAAAGUAUUAGUGAAUCUGGAAAGGCCUUUCCAGGUGAAGGCAUUAUUGUAAACUCAUCAGAUACGUUAACGGGGCUUGCCAUUAAUGGCCUGUGUAGCAAAGAAGCUGCUCAAAAAGUCAUUGAUUGGGCAGAGCAAGGUGGAAGUGGAAAGAGAAAGGUGAACUACAAGUUAAGGGAUUGGCUUUUUGCUCGGCAGCGCUACUGGGGUGAACCUAUCCCUGUCAUCUUCUUGGAUGAUAGUGGUGAGACGGUCCCUCUGGAUGAGACUGAAUUGCCCCUUAUUCUACCUGAAUUGGAUGAUUUUUCUCCCUCAGGAACAGGGGAGCCUCCUCUGUCUAAGGCAGUGUCUUGGGUGAAGACCACAGAUAGGUUAUCCGGAAGACCUGCUACUCGGGAAAUAAAUACCAUGCCACAGUGGGCUGGUUCAUGCUGGUACUACUUGAGGUUUAUGGACCCAAAUAAUUCCAAAGAACUGGUCGAUAAGGAAAAAGAAAGGUAUUGGGGCCCUGUUGAUGUGUAUGUUGGUGGGGCUGAGCAUGCAGUUCUCCAUUUACUAUAUGCUAGGUUCUGGCACAAGGUUCUCUUUGACAUUGGUGUUGUCUCCACCAAGGAGCCCUUCCAAUGUGUCAUUAACCAGGGGAUUAUCCUUGGAGAGGUUCAAUAUAUGGCUUGCAGGGAUAAAGAUGGAAAUCUGAUAUCUGCUGAUUCUACGAAUAUGUUGAAUGAACAUAAUCUAGAAAGAAUUUCUGAGGAAAAGGUCACAAAAUCUGGGGAUUCUUUUGUCUUGAAAGAAAAUCCUGAAGUACGUUUAGUUGCCCGUGCUCAUAAAAUGAGUAAAAGCAGGGGAAAUGUUGUUAAUCCUGAUGAUGUCAUUUCUGAGUAUGGUGCCGAUUCUCUUCGUUUAUAUGAAAUGUUCAUGGGACCACUGAGAGACUCAAAAACAUGGAGUACUGGCGGUAUUGAAGGUGUAUAUCGGUUUCUAGGUAGAACUUGGAGGCUGAUUGUUGGCUUGCCUUUGUCCGAUGGCACAUUUAAGGAUAGAACUGUAUCAGUUGAUGAGGAGCCUACUAUAGAACAACUUCGUUGUCUUCAUAAAUGCAUUGCUAAGGUAACAGAGGAAAUUGAAGGCACACGGUUCAACACUGGAAUUUCUGCAAUGAUGGAGUUCCUUAAUGCAGCAUAUAAGUGGGAUAAACAUCCAAGAUCAGUGGUCGAGGCUUUUGUUUUGCUCCUAUCACCAUAUGCGCCACACAUGGCUGAAGAGCUAUGGUCUCGUCUAGGUCACACCAAAUCAUUAGCCUAUGAACCUUUUCCUAAGGCGAAUCCUGCUUAUCUGAAGGACUCAAUCAUAGUCCUCCCAGUUCAGAUUAAUGGUAAGACCAGAGGUACCAUCCAGGUUGAAGAAACAUGUACAGAGGAGGAUGCUUUUGCAUUAGCAUCUAGGGAUGAAAAGCUAUCCAAGUAUUUGGAUGGUCAAUCUGUCAGGAAAAGAAUUUAUGUUCCUGGCAAGAUUUUGAAUGUUGUUCUGGAUCGUAAAAACAUCAAGGUUGGUGUACAAUAG